AUGCUGCGUCAGGCACUUAGCAAGUUUGGUCAAAAGCUGGUAUGCAGACGUCCACUGGAGGAAGAAGUGGAUGAGUUUAGAUCUGGCAUAAAACUGAGCACUCUGGAUUUAGUGGCCUUGGGUGUGGGCCGCACAGUGGGUGUAGGUGUGUACUUCCUGGCUAAUGAGGUGGCCAGUAACCAAGCAGGACCAUCCACUGUGAUCUGCUUUUUGGUGGCAGGUCUAACAUCACUGUUGGCUGGGUUGUGCUAUGCGGAAUUUAGUGCCCGGGUUCCCCAUUGUGGCUCAGCAUAUCUCUACAGCUACAUCACUGUAGGUGAACUCUGGGCUUUCAUCACUGGCUGGAACCUCAUCCUCUCCUUUGUUAUUGAUGCAUUUAUUAUGAUUCAGGCCUGGAUUGUAACUUUUAACACCAUCUUUGAAAACCGGAUCUCUGAGACCCAGCAUGAGAUCAUCUCACAGUAUGUUCCCCAAGUCAUUGCAGACAAUCUAGGCUACUUUUUUGUCGUCUUUUUGUUUCUCAGCAUGGAGCUGCAGCAUAUGGGUCGGCUUGGUUUCCUCAGAGUUUUUCAAGGGUUUACUUCGGUGAAGCUUUUGGUUCUCAGCUUUUUCAUCAUCUCUGGCUUCAUUAAGGGGGACCUACACAACUGGAAGCUCACAGAAGAGGACUACAUACAGGCCGGACUCAAUGGCACCUCUUACUUGGGCCCUCUGGGCUCUGGAGGAUUCAUGCCUUUUGGCUUCCAGGGGAUUCUCCGUGGAUCAGCUACCUGUUUCUAUGCAUUCAUAGGUUUCAGCGUUAUUGUUACCAGAGUCAAAGAAUCCCACAAUCUCCAGUGUUCCAUCCCCAUGGGCAUUGUGAUUUCACUGCUCAUCUGCUUUUUCGUGUAUUUUGGUGUCUCUGCAGCACUUACGCUCAUGGUUCCUUACUACCAACUUCAACCUGGGAGUACCUUGCCUGAGGCAUUUCUCCAUGUUGGCUGGGUCCCUGCCUACUAUGUUGUCGCUUUUGCAAUUUUCUGUAGUAUUUUUGUCAGCACGUACUGGGGCUUUACGUUACCCAUACGUUGGGUGAUAUCCAUGAUGGCAGAGGAUGGUGUCCUGUUCCCAGUCCUUACCAGGUUCGCUUUUGGCACAUAUGGCCGUAUCUUGUCCACUCUGAUCUUUGGCAUAAUCAUAGCAAUCAUGGUAUUCUUCUAUGGACUCACUGAUCUUCUGGACCUGAGAUCAAUUGGCACCCUGAUAUCUUACUCCUUGGUAGCUUUUUGUGUUCUCAUCAUCAGGUAUCAGCCUGAAAGGAGGAAGGAGGAAAAUGAAAAAGAGCUGCAGGAGGAGGAUGAGGGAAAUGAAGCACAGCUGACUUUACAGGGACUAUUUUUUCUGGGCAGCCCCACCCCCACUCCACUCUCUGGCCAGGUUGUCUAUGUUUGCUCCUCACUGCUUGUGCUGCUACUGACUCUCCUCUGCCUGGUGCUGGCCCACUGGCCAGGUCUGCUUUCUGGAGACCCAGGGCCGAUCACAGUGGUUGUGCUGCUCCUGGUGGUCAUCACUGGAAUCACUGGGGUCAUCUGGAGACAGCCUCAGAGCUCCACUCCCCUUCCCUUUAAGGUCCCUGCUCUGCCUCUCCUCCCACUCCUGAGCAUCUUUGUGAAUGUUUGCCUUAUGAUGCAGAUGUCAGCUGGCACCUGGCUGAAAUUUGGUGUCUGGAUGCUGAUUGGGUUUGCUCUCUACGUCUGCUCUGGGAUCCAGCAAAGCCUGGUAGCUUAA